GUGAAGUUUACACAUUAUUUAAAUAGUUUAAUAUUGUAAAAAGAAAAACAUACACAAAUGGCGCGCCGUGACUAUGUACAGGAUAGAGAAUCGAUCAAAACAUUUUUGGCCGAGUUCUGUAAAUGCGACGAUGAUGGCAAAAAGGAGUUUGUCUAUGGCUCGCAGCUGGUGAAGCUGGCGCAUCGCGAGCAAGUGCUUAUUACCAUCGAUCUGGACGACCUGGCCGAGUUCAAUGAGAGUCUCGCCGAGGCUGUGGUCGAGAAUUGCCGACGCUAUGUGUCCAUUUUCAGCGAUGUGAUCGCCGAGCUGCUGCCCAGCUACAAGCAGCAGGAAGUGCACGCCAAGGAUGCGCUGGACGUGUACAUCGAGCAUCGCCUGAUGAUGGACGCCCGGACGCGCAAUCCCAUGGAGCAGCGCGAUGAGCGCAACGCUUUUCCCACAGAGCUGAUGAAGAGAUUCGAGGUGGGCUUCAAGCCGCUGUCCACGGAGAAGGCGCAUUCCAUACGCGAGGUGAAGGCCCAGCAAAUUGGCAAACUGGUCACCGUGCGCGGCAUUGUCACCCGUUGCACAGAGGUCAAGCCCAUGAUGGUGGUGGCCACCUAUACUUGCGAUCGCUGUGGCGCCGAGACCUAUCAGCCCGUCAACUCGCUCUCCUUCAUACCUGUGCAGGAAUGCCCCUCUGACGAUUGCCGCGUGAACAAGGCUGGCGGUCGUUUAUAUUUGCAGACGCGCGGCUCCAAGUUUGUCAAGUUCCAGGAGCUCAAAAUGCAAGAGCACAGCGAUCAGGUGCCCGUCGGUCACAUACCACGCAGCAUGACGGUGCUCUGCCGCGGCGAGGUCACUCGCAUGGCUCAGCCCGGCGAUCAUGUGCUGAUCUCGGGCGUUUUCCUGCCCAUGGUGCGCACCGGCUUUGCUCAAAUGAUUCAGGGCCUGCUCUCUGAGACGUUCCUGCAGGCGCACCGCAUCAUAUGCAUAAACAAGAAUGAUGAUAUUUCGGACAAAGAGUGUGAGUUGACGCCGGCAGAGUUGGAGGAGCUAGCCCAGGAUGACUUCUACGAGCGCCUGGCCACCAGCUUGGCGCCCGAAAUCUACGGCCACUUGGAUGUGAAGAAGGCGCUUCUGCUGCUGCUCGUGGGCGGCGUUGACAAACGGCCGGAUGGCAUGAAGAUACGUGGCAACAUCAACAUCUGCCUGAUGGGCGAUCCUGGUGUGGCCAAAUCACAACUGCUUGGCUACAUCAGUCGGCUGGCCAUACGCUCGCAAUAUACAACAGGUCGCGGCUCCUCGGGCGUGGGUCUAACGGCGGCCGUAAUGAAGGAUCCACUCACUGGCGAGAUGACACUCGAGGGCGGGGCGUUGGUGCUGGCCGAUCAGGGCGUCUGUUGCAUUGACGAGUUCGACAAAAUGGCGGAUGUUGAUCGCACGGCCAUACACGAGGUGAUGGAGCAGCAGACCAUAUCCAUAGCCAAGGCGGGCAUCAUGACCACGCUGAAUGCGCGCGUCUCCAUUCUGGCUGCUGCCAAUCCCGCCUUUGGUCGCUACAAUCCACGGCGCACCGUGGAGCAAAACAUACAGCUGCCCGCCGCACUAUUGUCCCGUUUCGACUUGCUGUGGCUCAUUCAGGACAAGCCCGAUCGCGACAACGAUCUGCGUCUGGCCAAGCACAUCACCUAUGUGCACAGCCACAGCAAGCAGCCGCCCACGCGGGUCAAGGCGCUGGACAUGAAUCUAAUGCGGCGCUACAUAAAUCUUUGCAAGCGCAAGCAUCCCACCAUUCCGGACGAGCUCACCGACUACAUUGUGGGCGCCUAUGUGGAGCUGAGGCGCGAGGCUCGCAACCAGAAGGACAUGACAUUCACGUCCGCACGUAAUUUACUCGGCAUUCUGCGACUUUCCACAGCGCUGGCUCGCCUGCGUCUCUCCGAUCGCGUUGAGAAGGACGAUGUGGCCGAGGCACUGCGUUUGCUGGAAAUGUCCAAGGAUUCACUCAACCAGAUACACGAACACCAGAAGGGACAUGUGCCAAAUACAUCGGAUCGCAUCUUUGCCAUUGUACGCGAGCUGGCCGGCUCCGGCAAGGCUGUCAAGAUCGCGGACAUCAUGGAUCGCUGCACGACAAAGGGCUUCAAACCCGACCAGGUGGACAAAUGCAUCGACGACUACGAGGAGCUGAAUGUGUGGCAGGUUAACAUGGGUCGCACCAAGAUUACAUUCAUGUAGACCCCCUACCCCAUUCCGAGGGCUAUUUUAUCUAUUUCUAUUUUAGUUGUUAAGCACAUUCUCAAAAUACAUUUCGAUCGACAAGUUCAUGUUUCAACAUAAUUCAUUUAGAGCUUAUAAAUAAAAUCGCAAAUUAGCGCAAAUGAUCUAUUUUAA